AUUAUAAAUUAAAAUUUUAAUUUUCAAAAUAUUUAUAAUUAUUAUAAACAAAUAAGAAAAAAGUAAAUAAAAUUAUAAAAUAAAGGUUUCAGUUAAAAUAAAAAUAAGUAACAUUCUGACAUUUCAUAUAAUAUUUUGUGGUACCAGAAUAUAAAAAAAUAAAAUUAUUAUUUUGAUGUAAUGAUGGCCAGAUCAAUAAACCCCAAUCAGCAAAAAAUUGCUGAAAAACUUAUAAUAUUAAAUGAUCGAGGUGUUGGUAUAUUAACUAGAAUAUAUAAUAUUAAAAAAGCUUGCGGAGAUACAAAAUCUAAACCAGGAUUUUUAUCCGAGAAAACAUUGGAAUCUUCAAUAAAAUUUAUAAUUAAAAAAUUCCCCAAUGUUGAUGUAAAGGGAUUGAGUGCGAUUACUAAUAUAAAGAAUGAAAUCAUCAAAUCGCUGUCAUUGUAUUAUUAUACAUUUGUAGACCUAUUAGAUUUUAAGGAUAAUGUUUGUGAAUUGCUUACAACAAUGGAUGCUUGCCAAAUUCAUUUGGAUUUGACUUUAAAUUAUGAGUUGACUAAAAAUUAUUUAGAUUUAGUUGUUACUUAUGUAUCUUUAAUGAUUCUGUUAUCAAGAGUUGAAGAUCGUAAAGCAGUCUUAGGGCUUUUUAAUGCAGCAUAUGAGUUACAAAAUAAUCAAACAGAUCAAAGUUUUCCACGUCUUGGACAAAUGAUAAUUGAUUAUGAUGUCCCAUUGAAAAAGCUUUCUGAAGAAUUUAUUCCGCAUCAACGCCUUUUAUCGAAUGCUAUUAAAUCAUUGCUGGCAGUACAUCCUUUUAGAAAUUUGACAGCGGAUAAAUGGAGAGAUACGCAAAAGCUAAGCUUAGUUGGAAAUCCUGCAACAUUAUUAAAAGCAACUAAAACUGAUAUAAUGUCUUGUGAAUACAUUUCACUGGAAAGUUUAGAUAGAUGGAUAAUAUUCGGUUUAUUGUUAAAUCAUCAAAUGCUUGGCCAAUUACCAGAAAUUACAAAAAUGUGGCUAUCAGCUUUAGAAUGUAACUGGGUUAUAGCCCUAUUUCGUGAUGAAGUAAUUCAUAUUCAUCAGUAUAUACAUAACACUUUUGAUGGUAUAAAGGGUUAUGGGAAAAGAAUAUCUGAAGUAAAAGAAGCUCAUAAUAUAGCUAUACAGAAGGCUUCUUUAAUUCAUAGAGAAAGGAGAAAGUUUUUAAGAACAGCUUUAAAAGAAUUAGCAAUAAUUUUAACUGAUCAGCCAGGUCUUUUGGGUCCUAAGGCUUUGGUUAUAUUUAUUGGUUUAUGCUACGCCCGUGACGAAAUUUUAUGGCUUCUAAGACAUAAUGAUAAUCCUCCACUUGCUAAAGGAAAAGGCAAAGCCUCAGAAGAUUUAGUAGACCGGCAGCUGCCAGAGCUUUUAUUUCAUAUGGAAGAGUUAAGAGCUUUGGUUCGCAAGUACAGCCAAGUUAUGCAAAGAUAUUACGUGCAAUAUUUAUCUGGUUUUGAUACAAUUGAUUUAGGUCAAAGAAUGCAAAGUCUACAAAUAUGCCCAGAUGAUGAAAGUGUUAUUUUGUCCUCCCUAUAUAAUACAUCUUCUAAUUUGACAGUGAAACAAGUGGAAGAUAACGAAAUUUUUGACUUCAGACCAUUUAGAUUAGACUGGUUCAGACUUCAAACGUUUAUGAGUGUUGGGAAGGCAGCUAUAAAAAUCACUGAACAUGUGGAAAUGGCACGACUAUUGGACUCAAUGGUAUUUCAUACAAGAGUUGUUGAUAAUUUGGACGAAAUAUUAGUUGAAACUUCAGAUCUAUCAAUUUUUUGUUUCUAUAGUAAAAUGUUUGAAGAUCAGUUUCAUAUGUGUUUGGAAUUUCCAGCACAAAACCGUUAUAUAAUUGCUUUUCCUCUGAUAUGCAGUCAUUUUCAAAAUUGUACGCAUGAAAUGUGCCCAGAAGAGCGUCAUCAUAUUCGCGAACGUUCUCUCUCUGUAGUAAAUAUGUUUUUGGAAGAAAUGGCUAAAGAAGCGAAAAAUAUUAUAACAACAAUAUGUGAAGAACAGGGAAUAAUGGCAGAUGCUCUGUUACCUAAACAUUGUGCUAAAAUACUUUCUGUACAAGCUUCCCGCAAGAAAAAAGAUAAAAAUAAAAAGCAAAUAGAUGACAUCAGAAAACCUGGAGAUGAGAGCUACAGAAAAACCAGAGAAGAUUUAACUACAAUGGACAAGCUGCAUAUGGCAUUGACAGAACUUUGUUUUGCCAUUAACUAUUGCCCAACAGUAAAUGUGUGGGAGUUUGCAUUUGCUCCAAGAGAGUAUUUAUGUCAACAUCUAGAAAAUCGAUUUUCAAGGGCUCUUGUGGGAAUGGUAAUGUUUAAUCCAGAAACAAUGGAAAUUGCAAAACCAUCUGAAUUACUAGCUUCAGUUCGAGCUUAUAUGAAUGUAUUACAAACUGUUGAAAAUUACGUUCACAUUGAUAUAACUCGAGUAUUUAAUAAUUGUCUAUUGCAACAAACCCAGUCUCAAGAUUCUCAUGGAGAAAAAACCAUUGCCGCUCAUUAUAAUUCAUGGUACUCUGAUGCUCUUCUUCGCCGUGUAAGUACUGGAAAUAUAGUUUUCUCGAAAAACCAAAAGGCGUUUGUUCAUAUUACUACAGAUGGCUGCGUCCCCUUUAAUCCUCAAGAAUUUUCUGAUUUAAAAGAAUUGCGAGCUUUAGUAGAGCUGGUCGGACCGUAUGGAAUAAAAAUUUUAAAUGAAAGUUUAAUGUGGCAUAUCGCUAAUCAAGUUCAAGAGCUCAAGAGACUGGUUGCUAUUAAUAAAGAUGUUCUUAUAACAUUGAGAACAAGCUUUGACAAGCCAGAAGUUAUGAAGGAUUAUUUUAAACGUUUGCAGCAGGUCGAUAACGUACUACAAAGAAUGACAAUAAUUGGGGUGAUCUUAUGUUUCAGAAAUUUAGUUCAUGAAGCAUUAGUCGAUGUAUUAGAGCAGCGCAUUCCGUUUUUAUUAAGUUCUAUCCGCGAUCUUCAAGAACAUUUGCCAGGUGGAGACCAAAUAAAAGUAGCAUCCGAAAUGGCUACGGCUGCGGGUUUACCUUGUAAAGUUGAUCCAACUUUGGCUAAUACCUUAAAAUCUCAAAAACCCGAAUUUGAUGAAGGUGAACACCUAAUUACCUGCUUGUUAAUGGUUUUUGUAGCGGUUUCAAUACCGAAAUUGGCAAGAAAUGAAGGUUCGUUUUAUCGAGCUUCAUUGGACGCUCAUUCAAAUAAUAUUCACUGCAUGGCAACAGCCAUAAACAGUAUUUUUGGAGCGCUGUUUACUAUAUGUGGGCAAAAUGACAUAGAAGACAGAAUGAAAGAAUUUUUGGCAUUAGCUAGUUCUUCAUUGUUACGGCUUGGGCAAGAAUCAGAUAAGGAGGCUACAAGAAAUCGAGAAUCUGUUUACUUGUUAUUAGAUGAAAUUGUUCAACAAUCUCCAUUUUUGACUAUGGAUUUAUUAGAAUCCUGUUUCCCAUAUGUUUUAAUAAGGAAUGCUUUCCAUGCAGUUUAUAAACAAGAACAAGCAUUAUAUAAUUAAUAAUUUUUUAUACGCUAUAUAAAAUUUAAUACCUAUAAUAAUAAUAAUAUAACUAUUUAAAGCACAAUAUAAGAUAUUUUAUAAGAUUUAAUAUUCAAAAUUAUAGUAAUAAAAUAAAUUUAAUCCCAAAGUAUUAAGCAAAA